AUGGAUGAUCCAUGCAGCGCGCCUCUUCCAACCAGUACGGAAAUAGUGCGGCGGGAAUGCUUUCCGCGCAUUCCACCUGAAAUCCUCCUCCGUGAACAUGCGGCCCGAUACCACUUGAUGGGCCUUGGACUUCUGUCGUUACUCGAGGCGCUAAAGCCGCAACUAGGGCAAGUAUUCCCUUCAUUUGGCGACUGUGAUGGCAGCGCCAUGAGAGAUGUGGUUGGAAACCGCGCUAAUGGUCUGCUGGAGAGAAAACCACCUUUGCCACAAACAAAUAUCAAACUUGAUAAGAGCCCCAGUAACCGGCUGGAGGAAAAGGGAGCGGGCUGCCGCCUCGCGUAUGGCGUGCACACAGUGCCGAGCAACGAUGCGUACUGUAGCCAAGUCAACCGAUCAGGCUGCGUAUUUUCGGAGGUUGACUCGUCGCGUCUGACGGCUGUCGAGCUCGUGCGGCGGUUUGUUCAAAAAAGAACAGGCAAAGCAGGAAAAGGAAAUCCUGGGCCUCUGCCGCAGAGGGGAGAUAAUGAAGCAACGCAAGAGGACCGUGAGGCGCUGUGGGGAUACAGUACCGGAGCGGUAGUUCACGUUACCUUCUAUCCCUUUGCUUCUCACCUCCGGGCGAUGCGACAGUCUGCUGGGGAAUCGAAGCGAGUGCGGCGUAGAGGCAAUAGUGCAAGCGAGACCGCUUCUUCAAACAAAGGCGGGGACGAUGACGAUGAUGAUGAUGAUGGUGAGCAGAGGCCAGUGGAGGGAAGCGAGCACGGCUCAUCAGAUAGGGGAGCGGAAGGAGAUGCCGACGAGGCUGAACUCCUGUGUUUAUAUGAGCAGGCCCCCCGAGGUGUUUCGUUGCUCGGUUACCACGGUUCGUGUAGCGUUACUUCUCUCGUUUAUCAUCCCAUUAACGAUCUAGCCGUCUCAGGUGGUGUGGACGGCAGUCUGUUGGUGUGGGAUGUGCACAACCGAUACCGACAGGUGUUGCGCGACAAAAAGAACUGCGAUGAGGACAAUCGCGAGACAAGGACCCUCCAACACUUUACCCACCACGUCCAGACACGAAAGUUAGUGCAGUCCAUUGGGCAUGUGCACAAUGGAUCUGUAACUUCCUUAGAAGUAUAUGGUGAUUUGCUUCUGAGUGGGGGAAUGGACGGUACGGUGAGAGUGUGGCAAAACUCUGAGAAAACUGUGUUUGGCUCCGCAUCUGGAUUACCUCAGUAUCUUGGGUAUCAGGUAUUUCACUGCAAUGGGUGGGUGCGGCACAUUUGCUACGCCGGGGAUCGCGUCUCGCAUGGAGGGGACAUCAUGAUAUGUAGCGAAGAUGGGGUUAUAAGUUACCUUAAAAGUGGUGAGGUGUCUCCACGGGGGAAUGUUGGGUUGUUCCAGGGAUCUAGUCGGUGGGGGAAACCCCUUUUGGAGGCACUUCGCAACCAAAGAGCAGUGGCUGCAAGAGCAGAAGUAAGAAAGGCGCAGCGUGUCCAACUAGUAAGGGAAGGGGAGUCUUGUAGCACAAGACAAAUCAACAGUGAGUUCUCUUCUUCGCUCUUCAGCGGCAACUUGGCUAAAGAAGGGGGAGGGAAAGCCCCCAUAUCGGUUUCUCAUAGGGGUGAUUCACCAUCCAGGCUUCAAUUAACGCGCACAAUGCGUACAAUCAGCGAGGAAUCAAGGCUAGCACGUUCAAUCGAACUUUCUGGUGUCAAGGGUAGUGAAAGCACCAACUCCAUCACACGCAUGUUCCCCAUGCACAGGCAUAAUAUCCUAGCUGUUGUUGGAUAUAGCCCGUCGGUGCGUUUCUUAGACAUAUCACGGUUGAAACUCACCUCCAUGGUGGUGCAUCCGAGCCUUACAGCGCUAAGUAAAGUAGGCCCUCACGCUUCCGGUCUCUCGACGCGAGACAAGAAGCAACACCGACCAUCGAGUGGAGGGAGCACACAGCUAAAAAGCCACAAACUGAUCUCCUCCGCAUCCCAUGCGCAGGUACGAGGUUGUGGCGAGGCGUUGCGUUUUCUGGAUCUUUUGUAUAUCAAUGCCCUGGACUACAUGAUCUUACUCGACAACCGGAAUACUGUUUUUGUCUGGGAUAACACUUCAAACAAAAUGGUGGCGUCGUACAAGGUUCCGGACGUGAGCGAUGGGGGGCGAAACAAUGUUGCGUUUCAUCUGCUUCCUUCUGGAACGCGUUACUAUGAGGGUGAACAUCCGACCGGGGAAAACGGCGGCCAGGGCUUCUCGGAUGCCUCAGAGAGCCCCCGGUCUCGGUCAACUUCCCAUUACCAAGCAGCAUCUGUGCAACGGCAACGACAGCAGCCAGGAGUGACGAGGAUCCCUUUCUUUGUAGCGUGCACGAUGGGAUUGGAACUGUAUGACCUGGUUAUAUCUGUGUACGCGGAGUUAGAGUUCAAACCACACAGCGACAGGGUGGUGGGGAUCUUUGCCGUCCAGCAACCCUCAGGCACCUCGUCCCGUUAUACUCUGUCGCCAUCCCCAAUCAAUACCAACGGUAUUUUUGACGAUAUAUUGAAGAAGCCGCCGUCACCAAGCGAUCAUAUGGAACUUGAAGAAUCGUCGAUCAGUGAGAGGCUGAUGCGGCCACACACUGCUGCGCCCAAUUGCCUUGGAAAGUUUAAAUUCACAUGUAGCUCAAGUGACAAUGAACCUGCAGAACUAUUCACAGAGGAGGAGCUUAUGUGUCAGGUGCACGAGGUAGAUGAACAUUACCAACCGCGGGUUCUCACGUGCUCUGGAGACGGCAUCAUUCACGUGUGGGGGAGCUAUUUCCACCCCAUCUGUAGUUAUAAUAACGAAUCGCUGAAGAAGGACUUUGCAGAGCUUCGUGUUUCCGUCGUAAACUCUGCGCAAGGGUUUGAGCACACGACACCCAUGGUAGAAAGAAUGAGUGUGGAACCAGGUAAGCGAACGGCCAAUUCUGCAGAGGUGGAAAAACUAGGUAGAUAUUAUGACACUGCAUGCUUUUAUUACAACUUGCGGUGGAAUACUGCGGUGACAGGGCACGACGAUGGCAGCAUUCGUUAUUGGCAUUGUGGGCAACAACUCCCGAAAUGUGCAUGGUUUAAGGGUCUUCAUCAAAAUACGGUCAGUGGAGUUGUUGGGGCCCGCAUUUCUAGAUGGUGCGUGCAACAAGCUCUGUCGUCCCAAGGAAUGAGGGAUGAUGAUGUUGCACGGUUGGGGUGUAUCGACGUUCUUGCAACUGUCUCCUACGACGGCCACUUGAAACUGUGGGGAGGAGCUAAUGAGGCAAAGGCAGUUCCUUACCUUUCUACCAAGGUUUCCAGUAAUGAGUUGUUGUGUGUUGACUUCAGUGAAGUUGGUCAAUAUUUCGUUGUGGGUGACACCGUAGGGACGAUUAGCACGUGGAGUGCACACAAACUGGAACCCCGAUUCUCCAUUCCAUCCGAGCCACCGGCACCGUGGGUGCCGAGGUUCGCCAAACUUUCUGAAAAAACGGUGAGGAGGUUUUCGGCGCGGAAAGUGAAUCGAGAAGAGCCCGAACCGGUAAUAAGGGUCAAGGGCAUCUACCACACGGAUGGUGUCACGGCUCUGCUGGUGGACGGAAAUUUCGUCUUCUCCGGGGGCGAAGAUGGUCGGGUGUUCCUGUGGGAUCUUGUUAACGGCAUACUGGUGCGCGAAUACUACCUGAAUUCGGUGACGGAAAGGGAUGUGACAAGGCAGACACUUUUGGCCGGAGGUGUGCCUUCCGCCGCAAGAAACAACAGUGGUCUUUUUCUAUCGAAAGAGGUGAAUAACUCGUUCGGGGGAACCAAACGGAGAAAUGAAAAGGGAUACGUAGUGAACAUCUCGCUGCUGAAAGAACGAAAUGGGGACCUACUCAUCAGCACAAGCGAGGGAUGGAUUUACCAUUUUAGGCAGAGUUGUUCACAUCCGUUGCAGAUGUAUAAACAUAGUUUCAGGAUUGCAAGCGUAUGUGUAUUGUUUGAGGGAUACGAACAAAAAGAAAACUCGGGAUUCCCCAACGGGAGAAAUAGCAUUGGCUUCGAUGGAAGUGACGGUAGUGUGUUCGAGCUCGCAGUUGGUGCCGACGACGGCCACUUGGUCGUUCUGCACGAGACAAAGUUUUCAAAGUUAGGCUACGCGAGUGACUGA